GAUGGCUACUUUUCUCACCGGCCGAAAGAGAAAGUGCGAACAGACAGCAACAAUGAGAACUCGGUCCCCAAAGACUUUGAGAAUGUGGACAACAGCAACUUCGCACCCAGGACUCAAAAGCAAAAGCACCAGCCUGAGUUGGCAAAGAAGGCCCCGAGUAGACAGAAAGAGCUUUUGAAAAGGAAGCUGGAGCAGGAGGAGAAGGGGAAGGGACAUUCGUUCGCAGGCAAAGGCACCACCGAGGCGCUGCCUCCUGGGGAGAAAGCCGCAGUGAACAGUAGCCGUGGGAAGGAUGCCCCAAGACAGCCCCACACCAGGAAAAGCGGGGGCGGCUCCCCCGAGCUCAAGUACGACCAGCCCCCCAAGUGCGACAUCUCGGGCAAAGAGGCCAUCUCCGCCCUGUCCCGCUCCAAGUCCAAACACUGCCGCCAGGAGAUCGGGGAAACCUACUGUCGCCACAAGCUCGGACUGCUGAUGCCCAAGAAGGUGACACGAUUCUGCCCCCUGGAAGGCAAAUCCAACAAGAACGUGCAGUGGGAUGAGGACUCGGUGGAAUACAUGCUGGCCAACCCAGUCCGAAUCGCCUUCGUCCUGGUGGUCCACGGCCGUGCCUCUCGGCAGCUGCAGCGCAUGUUCAAGGCCAUUUACCACAAAGACCACUUCUACUACAUCCACGUGGACAAGCGCUCUAAUUACCUGCAUCGGCAAGUGCUACAGUUCGCCAGACAGUAUGGCAACGUUCGCGUCACCCCCUGGAGGAUGGCCACCAUCUGGGGGGGAGCCAGCCUCCUGUCCACGUACCUGCAGAGCAUGCGGGACCUCCUGGAGAUGACUGACUGGCCCUGGGACUUCUUCAUCAACCUCAGCGCCGCUGACUACCCCAUCAGGACAAAUGACCAGCUGGUGGCAUUUCUCUCCCGAUACCGAGAUAUGAAUUUCCUGAAGUCACACGGCCGGGACAAUGCAAGGGAGAAGCCAAGACGCAAGGACAUCGCUUCCCAAAGUCAGCUGGUUACUGGCAGAGCUGCACCACAGCAUAGAUGA